AUGUGCGGACAGUACAGCGAAGACGCCGAUAUGCCAUGUGGUAUGAAGCUCUGCUGCUCAGCAACAGGAUGGUGUGGUACUACAGAUGUUUACUGUGCCAAUGCCGAUCCACUUCAUGGCACCUUGCCUUGCCAGUCUGGAUACGGCUCCUGUGCCAUCACAGGUCCCCCUUCAUGUGCCUCUGGAAGCGGCUCCAGUUCGAAGCGCAAAAUCGGAUAUUACCAGUCUUGGAAUCAAAGAGAUCGAAAAUGCAACAAGGUUGCACCCAACCAGCUCAACACGGAGGGAUACACUCAUUUGUUCUUCUCGUUCGCAUCCAUGGACCCUACGACCUAUCGUAUCGCACCUGCGCACCCUGAUGAUGUUCAAGGUAUGAAGGAUUUCACGGCACUGUCCAAGGAUGGCAAGCUGCAGACUUGGAUUGCUGUGGGUGGAUUCGACUUCAGCAAUCCAGAAGCUGCUUCGCACACUACAUGGAGCGACAUGGUCUCCACGAAAGCAAACAGAGCAGCAUUCAUUAGCUCGGCUAAGGAGUAUAUGGACACGUAUGGAUUCCAAGGAAUUGAUCUCGACUGGGAAUACCCAGGUGCCCCCGAAAGAGGCGGCAAGAAGCUUGCCGAUACGAGGAACUUUUCUCUCCUGGUAAAAGAAAUGCGCGCAGCGUACGGUACCUCUUACGGUAUCAGUGUGACCCUUGCCCCCGACUACUGGUACCUGAGAUGGUUUGACGCCAAGGCGAUGGAGCCAAACGUUGACUUCUUCGGAUUCAUGGCUUACGACCUUCACGGCUCCUGGGAUGCGGACGUCAAGACCCUCGGUAGUUUGGUGCGUGGCCAGGCCGACAUCCGCGAGAUCUCCAAAAACACAUUACCUUUAUGGUUUGAUGGCCUCGACCCUGCCAAGCUCAACUUCGGCCUCGCCAUGUACGGCAGAGGUUACACGUUGGCUGAUCCCACGUGCAACCAGCUCCUAUGUCCGUUCUCCGGUCCCAGCAAUCCAGCGCCGUGCACAUCUUUUGGUGGAGUUAUGUCGCUUGUGGAGAUCAAGCAGCUUAUCAAGCAGCGUGGAAUUGAACCCAAAUAUCUUGAGGAGUCCAUGAUGAAGCAGAUCACGUGGGAUGAUCAAUGGAUGGGUUAUGACGACGAAGAUACCUUCGCAGCCAAGAUGGCAUAUGCUGACAGUUUAUGCUUUGGUGGUACCAUGGUCUGGAGUAUCGAUUUCCAAGAGGUCGGAUCGGGCGGGUGA